AUGUUCAUCAUACUUGUUGUUGGUGCUAACUUGCUUUGUUUUCAUGUAGUACAACAUUGCGCAAACUUGUUCAAAGAAGAGGAGAGGACAACCAAGAAGGGGAAGAUCAAGAAAGGAAGGGUCUUUACCUUGCCCCAUUGCUAUAACGUGUUGAAGGAUGAUGAGAAAUGGAAGAAGCGUGAAGAUUUGGAUGAUUUGCAUUUGAGCAACAAACGCAAGCGAACAAUUAAGUUGGAUGAUGAUGAUGAGGAGGAUGAUGCAUCAAGUGAUGACGGCAAGAGAAGCCCCACACCCAACUCGGUUUCAUACUCGAAGCCAAAGCGACCGGAUGGGUGCAAGAAAGACAAAACCAAAAAGAAGAAGAGGAAAGGAGAUGAUGAGCUCAAAAAUGCUAUGGAAGCUAUUGUGAAGGCAAAAAAAGAAGCCAACGAGGUGAGGAAAAUGGCAAGGAACCAAGAUGCCGCGGCCGAGGAGAGGAGGUUGGCGCCUGAGGAGAGGAGGGUGGCGGCCGAGCAGAGGAAGGUGGCUUUGGAGGAGAGGAAGGUGAGCAAUGAGGAGCGAACUAGAUUGUUGGAAUGGGAGAAGCACUUGUUCUUCUUGGACACAUCUAACCUCAAUGCGGUGCAAAAGGAGUAUGUCAAUCUUGCCCGUGAAGAAGUCUUGAUCCAAAAAAGAGCCAUGGUUCGUGCAAUGGGUGGCGGUGGCCUCGGCGCCAUGGGUGGCAUGGGUGGCUUCGGAGAUGCUGUUGAAGAUCUUGCCAACACCGUCGGAGUUUCACGUGAUGCGGUGCGCGAUGAAGAGAGGGAGGAAGAUUCAUCUUCGGAGGCGGAAGAAUCGUCUUCCGAAGAUGAGGACGAGGACGAAGAUGAGGACGAGGAAUGA